UAUAAUAUCCCACCCCCUUUAUACAUGCUAUAGUAACUAUAUAGAGGUAGUAACUGCGGGUAUACAUGCAUGUAGUCCAACAAGGCAGAAGAAGUAACUUACUGCAACAAAAUGUCAGAAGUACCAGAUCUCCAUGUGGUAGUAACAGAGCUGAUAACAGCACAAAUGAAAUGGAAGCAUAUAGGAAGGGCACUGCAUCUUGAAGAGUUUGAUAUAAGUGCAAUCGACAGCAUUAACAAAGACCCACUAGAUGCACUUACAGCAAUGAUAUCUGCUGUUCUUCGAAUGCAACUUCUCACCUGGGAAGUACUUAUUGACGUUUUGAGAGAACCAUCAGUAUCACACGAUGAACUAGCAAACCAACUAGCAACAAAAUACGUGCCUUCGAAAUGGAAACCUAGUUCUACAAAAAAGACUGAAGCUCGAAAGAGAAAGCGGUGUGAUAGUCCAGCUAGUGAGCACAUUGAACGAUAUGACGGCGGUGGCCCUACCGAACCACCUUACACGUACACAACAAACAGCCAACCACACGGAAGAGCCCUGAUCAUUAAUAAUGUCAAAUAUCCAAAGAAUCCUAGAGAUGGAUCUGACAGGGACAAGGAGGCAUUGGAAAAGGCCAUCAGGACAUUGGGAUAUGUCGUCGAGUCUGUAGAUGAUUUAGCAACAGCAGCGGAUAUACUCACCACAGUUGUUGAGCAUGCCAACAAAGAAUCAAAUCCUGACAGCUUUAUUUGCUGCAUCCUGGCACACGGAGGAGAAGGUACAAUACAAGGACUGGAUGGAAGUACAGUCAAAAUAGCAGACAUUUCUCGAGCUCUAGUUGAUCCCCAAUAUCCUUGCCAAAAGUAUUUGCAUCAAAAGCCCAAAAUAUUUUUCAUUCAAGCUUGCCAAGGCAGGGCCAGACCAUCAACAGUUGAUUCUAUGGAAAACUCACCAACUAAUUCUCCUCUUCUGGUUGAAAGUCUCGACACAGGUACGCCAUCUCUUCCUCGUGACAGUGACUUUUUUUAUGGAUUUGCCUCUUCGUUUGAAACCUCAGCAGCAAGACACCCAGAUUUUGGUGCGUCGUACAUACAAAAACUUUGUAGCAUUCUUGAAAAAUAUUACAAAGAUGAAGAUCUUGUGACGAUGGUAACCAGAGUUCAUAAAAAAGAGGCAGAAAAAGUUCAUUAUCUUGGAAAUCAAGGAUAUUACCAACAACAGCCACAACUUGUUUCUACUCUAAGAGGUCAAGUAAAGUUCAACUAGAUCUAGUACACGAGUGAGAGUUACUAUUAGACACUAGCUAUUUUACUUACUUUCUAGCAACUUUAAUCGGCCUUUAAUCUGUCACUACAAUACAUACUUUUAUCUUAGUUUGAUAUGCCGCUUUGUUCUAGGUGACUUGUUAGUACAUAGCUCAAUGUACCAUAUAUACAGCGGGAAAUUUCAUGUUUUUCAAG